AUGGCCGCUGCUGAUCCUGUGAUGCCCGUGAGCGUGCCCACCGGCGCAGGCACACGUGAGGUGUUGGACGUAGGGUACCCAGUUCUGAACCUCCAGAAGCUGGACAACCCGCAGGUCUCCAUCCAUCAGUGCGCACAGCGCUACGGAUCCCAGGCCAUCCGAUCCAUCUUCGAGAAGCUGGGGGAGCGCCAGUCAGAACCUGCGUUCGAGGAACUCAACUUCUCUGACAAUUAUGUGGGAGAUGAAGGCGCUUCCUACCUCAAAGAUGGCUUGAAGGGCAACAAGGCCCUGAAGCGUUUGUUGAUGCCUCGGGCUGGCAUGCGAUCCGCGGGAUUCCAGUCCAUUGGGAGCCUCAUUGGCUCUUGCCCAUCCUUGGAAAUGCUGGUCUUGAGCUCCAACUUGGCCGAUGCAUCGGGCGUGGAGGGAGACUUCUCCCAAGGACUCUCGAAGAACAAGUCGCUGAAAUCCCUGUGCCUGGCCGCCUGUCGCCUGAACAACGCAGGCGUGCAGCAUCUUUGUGCGGGACCGUUGACAGUCCACCCUGCGCUGGAGCAUGUGUCCUUCAACUACAACCGCCUGGAGGAUGAGGUCUGCAACAGCGUGUGCCGAAUGUUGGCCACCAACACGCGACUUCGCUAUCUCGAGCUUUGUGGGAACUCCAUCGGCCCCGCAGGCGCGGAGGAGUUGGUGAAGGGGCUGACCGCGAACAAGGGCAAUCUCCAGAAGCUUGGGCUGGCACAGAACUCCAUCAUGCAGAAAGGAGCCACUGCCCUGUGCAAGCACUUUGUCUCUGAGAAGGGCAAGAGCCUGGAGUACCUGGACCUGCGCCACAACAAGGUUAGCUACUAUGGGUGCGUGGAGAUCCGCACGAUGCUGAACAAGCCCAUCGACAACGAUGAGACAAACAAAGGUUGGAUGAUCAACUUCGGCACAAGGCAGCUCAUGCUGAACGCCCACUAA